AAAAAGGACCCUCUGCAGGCGCUGUUACGGUGGUUCUUCAUUCGGAAAAAGCGCCAAGUUCCACACGGAACAAGCGUCGGUUGUCAAAUUGUUUACCAAUGUAACACACAUGAAUAUUUGCUUUGCCGUAGUAAAAUAUCGAAGGAUGGUAACAGUUAUAAUGUCCGUCAUAAUUUAGUCGUGACGAGAGUCGACGACUGGACAUCAGCUCUGCUCCGGUAGCAUAAUGCCAGGACUUCAGGCAGAUGGCGUGGUGGCGGCGCUUGGCAGCCCCAUCAAGAAGAGCAAACUCUCUCUCAAGUUCUUCCAGAAGAAAGAGACCAAGCGGGCACUGGAUUUCUCUGAGACUCAGCCAGAAGAGCAGAAUGCACAGCCUUCGGAAGCAGAAGAACCUGCUAGUUUUGACCAGGUGGUACCAGGUCCUUGUCCGACAUCUCCUCUUACCUGUGAAAGGAGGGAGAACCUGGUGCCAUUUGUUGGGUUGAAUAACCUUGGAAAUACCUGCUACCUGAACAGCAUCCUACAGGUCUUGUACCAUUGCCCUGGAUUUAAAGAGGCCAUUAAGAAACUGUACAAGCUGUCCAAGUGCAGAGAUAAACAAAAGGAGGCCAUCAAGAAGGAAGAGCAGGAGCGGACUGAAGAGGAGGAGCAGGUCCCUGCUCAGAUGGAGCUGCUGGGAAGCUUCUACAGUCUCAUCACUUCAGUGGAGCAGCUGCAGUCCAACUUCCUGCUCAACCCCGACAAGUACAGCGAGGGCGAGCUCUCCACGCCCCCACGCAAGCUGCUCAACUCACUCAGGCAGCUGAACCCCAUGUACGAGGGCUAUCUGCAGCAUGACGCGCAAGAGGUACUUCAGUGCAUCCUGGCCUACGUACAGGAGGCCUGCGAGGGCAUCUGCAAGGAGCAGCAGCAGGAGUCGGAGCCAGGGGAGAAGAAAGAGGAGCUCUCCACGGAGAGAAGGUCUUCCUCCUCCGAGGACGACGAAGCGGGAGCGGAUGGCCAAAUGAAUGGGAAAAGGAAGAGCGACACUGAGGCUGGGAAUGCCAAAAAGAAGCCGAAAUCCCAGACCAAGGGCCGGAACACUGACGAGGAGCAGCAUCAGCCUCUCACUCGCUCCAAGAGGAAGUCCUCCAGAAGUGACAUCACCACAGCGGACGCCAUCGAGCAUCCAGUGAACGGGACCCAGGAGGAGAAGGAGGUAGAGGAGGUGCAGGAGGCCGAAAAGGAGGAAGGAGGAGGAGGCGGCAGUGAGGCAGAGGAAGGAAAGAUUGAGAGCGCACCCAAAGAGGCGGGCAAGAGGAAGAAGCGAGCACGGCUGAGCUGGCUGAAGACGUCGUCAGGGAAACAGCCCAGCAUCUUCUCCAAGUUCCGGAGCAUGGGCCGCUUGAGCAGCCGUGCCGAGAGCAGAGAGGAUCAUGGGAAAGAGGCCGCCAGUGCAUGCAAGGACACAGCAGACAACACCACAUCAGAAAAGACAAAGAGUCAGCCUGAGAAGGAGUGCACGCCUCAGAGUGAAGAGGUGCAGGGCUUUGAUGUGCUGAAGAGCCUGUUCCAGGGUCAGCUGGUGCUGAGGACGCGCUGCCUGGAGUGUGAGUGUUUCACCGAACGCCGAGAGGACUUCCAGGACAUCAGCGUCCCGGUCCAGGAGGAUGAGCCGGCCCCCAGGGACAGCAGUUCAGAGAUCUCUCCAGAGCCCAAGCCCGAGGUCAAGACUUUGAAGUGGGCCAUCUCCCAGUUUGCUUCCGUGGAGCGGAUUGUGGGGGAGGACAAGUACUUCUGCGAGACCUGCCACCAUUACACCGAGGCUGAGAGGAGCCUGUUAUUCGACAAAACCCCCGAGGUCAUAACCAUCCACCUCAAGUGCUUUGCUGCCAACACGUCUGAGAUGGACCUGUAUGCGGGGCUGUCGAAGGUGAACACCCCCCUGCAGACGCCCCUGCGGCUCUCUCUGGAGGAGUGGAGCACAGGCACGGCCCCCAGGGGCCAACCCUACCAGCUCUUUGCCGUGGUCAUGCACAGCGGCGUCACCAUCAGCAGCGGCCACUACACCACCUACAUCCGCAUGUCGGACCUCCGCAACAUCGGCCUCAGGGAAGAGGGGGCUGCUGGGGAAGAGGAGGGAAGGCUGGAAGAGGAGAAAGAGCUCCAGGCUCUGAAGAAAGAGGAGGCAGCAGCAGCAGCCGCCACCACCACCACCCAGGACUAUGACGACGGAGAGGUGUCCUUCAGCUUGAGUGCACGGGGGUCCAGCUCGGCCCCUGUGUCUACGGCUGUGACCGGGGCUAAACCUGGGGUGAAGAAGUCCCUGGAGGGAGUGGGUCUGCUGGGGGGGCAGAGGAGCCUGGCCACCUACGAGCUGGGGGGCAGCACCAAACAGCAGCAAGCCAGCGCAGACAAGGGUGGCUUUCCCUCCGGCUCACAGCCCCUCAGCGGAGGAGUGAAGAAGGAGAAGGACGCCUCAGUGGCAGAGGGAGCGCAGGGUACCGGGGUGACGACCCCGGCCCUUCAGAACCUUCUGGACUACGAGGGGAAGUGGCUGCUGUUCGACGACUCUGAGGUGCGCCUGUUCGAGGAGGAAGACUUCCUGCGCGCCUGCUCGCCCGAGACCUGCAGCACCUCCACACCGUACUUACUCUUCUACCGGAGAGUGGCGGUGCAGAAGUGAGGUUGCACCUCCAGGGGGGUGACCCUCUCCACUGCUCUCUCUCUCUCUCUCUGUAUCAGAGUUU